AACCAAGGACUUUAUAUAUAAUGUCCUUGACACAACUGACCAAGCUAGUACAACAGUCAGUAUGGCUAGAAUUUUCCAGACUUUAUGCGUUGUAGUUUUGGCCUUAGUCCCUCAUCAUGGGGGGCAGGCUAUAGCUAUAGGAUCCGGUGAUUUUACUCACCAUGAGGCUCUAGACGAGGAGGAUAAGUUUCACCUGUUCUGGAAGUUUGAUGAGGAGAAGAUUGAGUUCGAAGCUCACGUGCAGACGACAGGAUGGAUCGGGUUGGGUCUAUCCCCGAACGGAGGCAUGCCGGGAUCCGAUAUCGUCAUCGGCUGGGUUAAAGACGGGACUGCGCACCUAACGGACCGGUAUGCUGAAGCCAAGGCAGAGCCCACUGUGGACGAGAGUCAGGACUGGGACCUGGUGUCUGGGUACGAGAACGGGACUCACACCGUCCUGAGGUUCAACAGGAAGCUGACGACAUGUGACGAGAGGGAUCGUGUCAUUAACGAGGACACCAUGCGUGUGAUAUGGGCGUGGCAUGACGAGGACCCUGAAGACGAGUCUGGGGCGAGCGGCCCCACCUACCAUGGGCCCAACAAGGGGGCCAGGGCUACCCUUCUUCUGGAACAGAUCGUCCCGGACCAGACAACUUCAAUAGGAACAGCCUACACCGUUGAUCUCCUAAUGAACAAUGUCACAAUUCCUGGUAACCAAGACACGACGUACUGGUGCCAUGUGUUUGAGAUGCCUCAGCUGACCAGUAAACACCACGUUAUAAAGGCUGAACCAAUCGUCCAACCUGGUAACGAGGGUACGGUUCACCAUUUGCUGAUGUACACCUGUAAGAAGAACCCGAACAUGACCAUCAUGCCAGAGGGACAUCCGGGACAUGAAUGCUAUACUCCCAACAUGCCCAGCGACUGGAGGGAGUGUUAUGAGGGAAGCAUCCUUGUGGCAUGGGCCAUCGGCUCUGGGGAUGUUGUUUACCCCGAGCAUGUUGGUUACCCCAUCGGUGACGAAGACGACAGUGGUUACAUAAUGAUGGAGAUGCACUACGACAACCCUCUGUUGGUUUCAGGUAUCCAGGACAGUUCAGGCAUCAGACUGACGUACACGCCUGAGCUGAGAGACAAUGACCUGGGAACCUUAGAGGUGGGGGUGCUGGUGAACAAGUACCACGUCGUCCCUCCACGUGUCCCCGAGUUUACAUCAGCAGGAUUCUGCAACCCGCAGUGCUUGAACGCGUUCCUGGAGGAGCAGGGACAGCCUAUCCACAUCAUCGGUGUUAACCUCCACUCUCACCUGCUGGGGGUUAAGCUGAACGCCCGGCUGAUCCGGGACGGCGUGGAGACUGACAUCGUGCGGGACGACAACUACGACUUCAACCUGCAGUUCAUGCGGAUGUUGAAGGAGGAGCUCACAAUCUACCCCGGGGACAUUCUAAUUACAGAGUGCGUCUACGAUUCGUCACACAAAGACUCCAUUGUGUAUGGCGGUCUCGGUACACCACAAGAGAUGUGCGAGAGCUUUUUGCUGUACUACCCGAAGUUCAACCUGAGCAAAUGUGACAGUAUGGUAAACAUCGGCCACACUGUCGGCUACGCUGGAGUUCAAGAUUUUGAAUUUAACAAUCGUUUUGAUAUGGACAUCACGGCCCCUGCACACUUGGUCAACAUGUCCUAUGAGGAAGUGAUGGAGGCAGUGCCCUGGACGACUGAGAACGGACAGAUCUUCUCUGACUACCUGAUGAAUUCAACCUUCUACUCGACUUGUCAGGGCACCCACCAGUCUAAUGUCGAUACUGAUGCUCUGAUAGGGUGGAUCGACCCCUUUCCCCGCGGAGUCAAGCGGGCUACAGAAGACAUCUGCAGCCGGGGCUCUACACCAACCCCUGACCCUGUGGGCGGCUCCACAGCAUUACGGCCACGGUUCGCCGCAGUUUAUGCUUUCGCCACUUUCCUCUUGUCACUUGCAAUUAUGGGGUAAAACGCAAGGUGGCGUCCAUGAACGGCAACCGUCGAAUGGAAAGCCACCAGUGCCACAGGAGUAGAGUGAACAAUUGUUCAAAGAAAAUAAAGCAUUAUUUUGCAAAACUGA